AAUUCAGAGUUAUCUUACAAGGUAUUAUGAAAACUAAGUCUUGUAUCUGUAAUUAUGUGACAGAGCAUUGGCUCAUGACCUGCUUUCUGGUGUUGAGAUCAGUUAACUUGUGCCCAGGUUUUACAGCAGUCUCCUGUAAGAAGUGCCUCUGUUUUGUGCUGUAAGAUGCAUUUCCCCAGCAGAAUUCAGGAAAGUAAUAACUUUAAAUGGAAUUGAGUUUAGUUAGCUUUGUAUAUUUGCAGCUGUAAGUGGCAGAGAAAAAAAAAUAACAUUUCUUAGCUGCUAUCAGUAGAGAACAGCUCCUUGAGAAUUAAAUGUUUUGUGGAAGAGAAAACAAUAUCCUAACAAACAUGCCCUUUAAUAUGCAGAAAUGUGCUUUAUUAUCCCUGCUGGCAUAUAGCAUAGAAAUGUGUCUUGUUUCUGUUGAUCUUAGUAAUUCAGUUUAAUGAUUUGGUUUAGUGGGUGGCCUCUCUAAUAAUUCUGAAGUGUACCAGGGCUUCUCAGCUUUUUUAAUCUGUCCUUUAUGCUGACACAUUCUGUGUGUUACUUGUUACUUUUCUUGUCCUUACCUUUUGUGCAUGUUUUUACAAAUGAUACAAGGUAUCCAAAAGUUUUAUUUGAGCUACGAAUUUGACACCAACAGAUGAGAUUUGAUAGUAAUGAAUUGAAGAAUCCCUCUGAACCCUUUAAUAAGUAUGUUUUUAGUGUUACACUGCUUUCAGCAUUUUAGGCUUUUUCUUAUUGUGUGAUUUAUUUUUUGAUUUGGGUUUUCUGAUUUGUGGGACUGAGGGGGGUUUUUUGUCCUUUCUGCAAAAUAUUUACUAAGAGGCCUUAAAAAUGAGAGGAACUAACACUUGGCACCAUAUAAACAGGAAGAAAAGCAGCCAACAGCUCUUUGGAGUAUUCCAGAUGUGUGCCCUAAUGGAGAGAACAUUUUGCCUCUGCUGGAGGGUGAAAGGAGCUGUGUGGAUAAGGAUUUAAAAAAAAAAAAAUUAAAAGCUGGUGUUCCACUUAGAGACUGUCGAGGCAGAAAACUGAUCUACCUAUCCCUGCUAUACAGGAGGCUUUGCAUGGUCUCCUCAGUACCUCCUGAGCCUGGUGUGCAGGCUGAACACUCUGAACUGCUUUGUUAAGGCCAGAGGUUGCCUUGUUGGGCACAGCUGUACUGAGACAUAAAAGGCUGUAAAGCCCUUGCUUAACUCUGCUUCCCAGUGACCUCUAGUUCACCAACUCCUCCAGCAAGCUGUGGUUUCAUACCCAGGUCCUUCUGGCUUUUCCGUAAAUCUACCCUUGUGGUUGCCAGGCUGUCAAAUGGUGGCUGGAGCUCAGCUUGCAGGUGGUCACUGCAGGUGGAUUGGUGCCUCUUCAAGAUCCACUGAUGUGUGCUGAGAAGUGCCCUGGCUAUAAGGACUUGUGGAGAAAUGCAAGUGCAGUGUCCCUGCUAUGCUGGCCGAGGGGGAGAGCAUGGCCGGGCCAUCGCUGUGUGCUGCCGGUACAGCAGCAGCGCCUCAGAAUCUUCACAAAGGGUCUGGCUUUGGAGAAAAUAAAACUACACAGUGCUCGUUUUCAAUCGAAAGUAUUCUGGGACUGGAGCAGAAAAAAGAUGCCAUUCCAGCUGUGAAACCUCACAGACCCUGGGUGGAUGCCUGCACCAGCUUGGUUUUAGGUGAUGACAGUAAUCCCCACCUGCAAAUCCCUGUUGUUUGUUAUGAAAAUCCAUUAUUUCAUGCUAACGGUGAUCCAGUGCAAGAGGAAAAAGUUUUGAAAUGUGAAAAAUAUCUUUCAGUCACUGAAAGGCUGUCUUUCAAACGGGAAUUGAGCUGGUACAGGGGUAGAAGACCCAGAACUGCAUUCACUAGAAACCAGAUUGAAGUCUUGGAAAAUGUUUUUAAAAUGAACUCCUACCCCGGCAUUGAUAUUAGAGAAGAGCUAGCUCGCAAAUUAGACUUAGAUGAAGACAGGAUCCAGAUCUGGUUCCAGAACCGUCGUGCAAAGCUGAAAAGAUCACACAGAGAAUCUCAGUUUCUUAUGGUGAAAAAUACUUUCACCUCCAGCCUGCUAGAGUAGAAAGAAGGAUGGUUUGGUGUUACAGUACUACAACAGAGCACGGAGAAUUAUUAAUAGCCUGUAUUAAGUAAUGAUAUAGUAAUUAUGAUUUUAUGCCCAGAUUUGAAAGUUUAUUAUAAUUUUCAUUCAAAUAAACUGUAAAUACUUGAAGUAUUAUUACAAUCUACUUUUUGUGGGAAAAGUGAACUUUUCCUAUAUCUUUGAAUAAGUAUUUUCAGAGAAGUUGAGAUAUUUUUGCAGUUUAGAUACAAACCCU